AUGGUCCAAGACAGCGAAGAACUGCAGCCAGUGUUGGAAUCCCAAGCCAGGAGAAGGUGGCAAAUGAUUAGGAAACAAAGGGUUACAAGGAAAAAGAGAUCAAGAAGAGUGUUAAGGAACAGAAGGACACGUCUAGAAGGAUCUAGCUCAAGAGCCGCAAAUGGAAUCCAUAGAAGAGUUAGGACCCUGAAGAAGCUAGUACCCAACAGCGAAUCUAAAGGACUGGAAGGGCUUUUCAGAGACACAGCUGACUACAUUUUGUCUUUGCAAAUGAGAGUUAAAGUCAUGCAGAUAAUGGUCAAGGUAUUGACAGGUUCUGAUGAGUGA